AUGGCACCACCGCGGCGCGUGUGCGUGACCGGCGGCGGCGGGUACAUCGCCUCGUGGCUCGUCAAGCUGCUCCUCUCCCGGGGCUAUGCCGUCCACGCCACCGUCCGCAACCCACGUGAUUCCAAGAACGCGCAUCUGAUGCAGCUGGACGGGGCGGCGGAGAGCCUGCGGCUGUUCAAGGCAGACGUGCUGGACAGCGCCGCGCUCGCCGCCGCCGUCGAGGGGUGCGAGGGCGUCUUCCACGUCGCCUCCCCCGUCCCCGCGGAUAAGAUCGUCGAUCCUGAGGCUAGUAGUACACAUCUGUCGAUAUCAUAUUAUCAAUACCAAUUCAUGUCAGAAGUGAUGGUGCCUGCUGUGAAGGGCACCGUAAAUAUUCUUGAAGUUUGUUCAUCUAUGAAGGUUCAGAAAGUUGUGGUGGUGUCAUCCACUUCUUCUGUUCAUUUUAACCCCAACUGGCCUCAGGCUAAACCCAAAGAUGAGAGUUGCUGGCCCGACAAAAAAAUAUGCGUGGAUAAUGAGCUCUGGUACUGUCUUGCUAAAACUGUUGCUGAAGAAACAGCCUGGGAAUAUGCAGAAAAGAAUGGGCUAAAUGUUGUUACAGUAUGCCCUUGUAUUGUUUUAGGCCCACAACUGCAACCCAUUGUCAGUACCAGCAGCGAACUUCUCGUCUAUGUUAUAAAAGGAGGUCCUAAUGCGAUGAAGGACAUGCUGUUGCACAUAGUCGAUGUCCGUGAUGUGGCAGAUGCUUUGCUUCUGGUAUACGAGAAACCAGAAUCAUCUGGGAGAUAUAUCAGCGCACCAAAUUACAUUAGCACAAAAGCCAUGCUGGAGUUGCUGAAGAAGACGUACCCUGACUACAAUUAUGUAAACUGCAAGGCUGAGAUGGAUCACAACUCUCCUAUCACCCCAAUCUCGUCGGCAAAGCUGAGGAAUCUGGGCUGGAAGCCAAGGGAAUUGGAGGAGACGCUCCUGGAUAGCAUCGAAUACUACCGGAAGACGGGAAUUCUGCAGGAUGGCGAGGGAGAGGGACACGCUUGCCGCUUACCUGAUAUCUUCCGGAUGUUUCAUGCCUCCGAGGAAUGA